CAGCGCUGAGGGAGGGAGGCGGAGGAGCCCUCCGAGGUGGAGGUAAAGCCUGCCCCGGGACRUUUGAGAGGGGGAGAAGGUGAGAAGCAGAGCACUGGGAACAUGGCCCUGCGAGACAGAGGAGCCAGCAGCAGCUCCAUCAAUGACAAGCAGGAACAGAACUAUAAUCGUGUUAUUGCAAUUGUCUUCCUGGCACUCUUCAUCGACUUGUUGGGAUUCGCUCUCAUCUUGCCACUGUUUCCUUCCAUCCUUGAUUACUACAGCCAGACUGGGGAUGGAUUCUAUUUAUCAUUGCAACGUGGUGUAGACUGGUUUGCAGUGAUGGCUGGAAUACCUCCGGAGAGGAAAUACAACAGUGUCUUGUUUGGAGGUCUGAUUGGCUCAAUCUUUUCCAUCCUGCAGUUUUUCUCCUCUCCCCUCACUGGUGCAGUGUCAGACCACUGGGGCAGAAGGCCUGUCAUCCUAAUGACAGUGAUGGGUUUGAUAGCAUCAUACUCACUGUGGGCUGCCUCUCGGACUUUUGGCGUUUUUCUUCUCUCCAGGAUCAUAGGUGGGAUAAGCAAAGGGAAUGUCAGCCUCUSCACAGCUAUAAUUGCUGACUUGCACUCUCCAAAAGCACGGAGCAAGGGCAUGGCCAUGAUUGGUGUUGCUUUCUCCCUGGGCUUCACCCUGGGCCCCAUGAUGGGCGCUUACCUCGCCACGCACACGGAGAGAGGAGAAGUCUUCUACCUSCGCUCAGCAUUGUCAGCUCUCGUGUUUUCUGUGGCUGAUUUCAUUUUCAUCUUCCUCCUYCUUCCAGAGACACUUCCCAAGGAAAAACGGGUCUCUUCUGUGACAUCUGGGUUUCAGGCAGCAGUUGAUUUGCUCAGUCCUUUGGCUUUAUUUCAGUUCUCUGCAGUCACCCGAGGAAAGGAAUCCCCUUCAGAGCAGAAUCUUCAGAAUCUGAAAAUUCUGGGCCUGGUUUACUUCYUGUACCUCUUCCUGUUUUCUGGCUUGGAGUAUACGCUGAGUUUUCUCACUCACCAGAGAUUCCACUUCAGCAGCAUGCAGCAGGGCAAGAUGUUUUUCUUUAUUGGAAUAACAAUGGCUGUGAUCCAGGGAGGCUAUGCUCGCCGAAUCAAGCCAGGAAAUGAAAUCAGAGCUGUAAAAAGGGCUAUUAUGCUGCUGAUUCCAGCGUUCCUGUUAAUUGGAUGGGCUGCAAAUGUGACCAUGCUGGGCGCUGGACUGUUGCUGUACUCCUUUGCUGCUGCCAUUGUCAUCCCGUGUUUGUCAGCAGUGGUGUCAGGCUAUGGCACUGCCAGCCAGAAGGGACGAGUCAUGGGCAUCCUGAGGAGCCUGGGCGCCCUGGCCAGAGCCCUGGGACCCAUCCUGGCAGCUGCAGUUUACUGGCUGGCUGGGGCAGAGAUUUGCUUCACUGUCUGUGGAGCUUUGUUCCUUGUCCCCUUGGCUUUACUCAGGUCUAUAAAACAGCAGACAAAGGAGGAGUAGGAAGGAAGAACCACAAAACUAUCACCAGCUUCCAAGGACCUCUGCAAGACCUGACUCUUGGCACCUGACUCUGCUGAGCGAAUGGGAAAAGGAGGAUUUUGAUCUUCUGGAAGGACAUACACAAUGACCGGGUGCAGCAAUAACACACAGCAGUUAAGUUUAAGGUGGCCUCCCAGCCAGCUGGGUUAGCUUUGCAAAUAGGAAAAAAAAACCGAAUGAAAACAGACACACACACACACUCCCCAAAGAGUUGAGUAAGGCAUUAAGAACAGCAGAGA